CGCACGCACGCAGGCACACACACACACAUACACACGCACGCGCGCACACACCGAGAUCUUCCGCAUUGAGCAUCUGCUAAUCGAUUAACUUUAGGACACCGUGCCAAGGAAUUGACUCUGGCUCGGGUGUGGAAAAAAAAAAACCAACCCCCCCCCACCACACACACACACACACAUUCGGAACCGAAAGAGAAAGUAGAAGUGACUCAGUCAUGUAAUACCUUACGUUUUUAAAUGAUAAGCAGUUUCCGAGCCGAGCUGAAAGCAGUUCCACACACUUCCUGAUCUUCUCACUUGUCAGCGACUGCACUUGACAAAUAAACACAACAGACAGUAUGGAUACAGCGAGAUCUACUCAUAAAACGGAUAAGAAAAGAUCCAUUAAGAGAGCGAGGAGUCCCACACGAUUCACUCGGCCAUAUUCUCGAGGGAGAUACCAGUGUGCUCGCUACUAUUACAGGCCGAGAGAGGACUACUUUUCACGGCGGCCUGGUUUUAGCUUCAGGCUCCACAGGUUCCAGAGAGCCUCCAGUCUUCGGCUUCCUUCUAGAUCUCGGAGCCCGAGUAUUGUGCUGAGACACAAAAAUGUGCAUUCAUCAAACCAGCACUUGGAAAAGAAGUCAGAGAAGAGCACUUCCACUCCAGUGCAGGACAAGAAGCCAUUCAACACACCAGAACGCUCCCGGUCAUCUUCAGUGGCUUCUGAGAGGCCUGCCCUAUCAUUUACAGUCAAUCAGGAAGAGCAGAACAGUAGUGGAAGGGAGUCUCUGUCUUCUGUAAGACGUGCAGCUGCCAGAAGUCGAGCCAUCCAGAGAAAGAGAGAGGAGAUAGAGGAGGUGUAUCGGCAGGACUGCGACACGUUUGGGGUGGUGGUAAAAAUGCUCGUGGCGAAAGAUCCUUCACUGGAGAGAUCCAUACAAUCUUCGUUGAGGGAGAACCUGCAUGAGAUCGGCCUGCGCUGUGUAGAUGCCAUGGAGCAGUUUAUCAAUGAGUAUGACUCGAGAGAGCUUGGCACACCAGCCCAGUCCCAGCGUCACUGACACACACACACACACACACACACACACACACAUGCAUGUCCAGCUGUACAUUUUGAGGCUAUACUGCGAGGUUUCUCUGGGAAUGCAUUCCUAAGUGAAGGUCUGAGACAUUAGGUGAAACACAGGAUGAUGACUUUGUAAAGCAGUGCCAUUGGAAUAGUACAUUCUUCAGCCACAUCUACAUGAAGGGAGCACAUCUGUAAGGAUCAAAAGUGCUAAAUGUGGUAAAUAACUGCAGCAGCAUUUUAACUAUUCUCUCUAAAGCUAGUGUUAGAGUGCCAUAGCUUUAGGGACAACGGUGAAAUGCCCCAGUAAACAAUUUCUGCGUGCGUAUAUAUGACUUAUAUGUUUAUUUUAUGUAGUUUAUUUCUCCCAAAGACUUGAUUACUUCCUAAUUAUUUCCAUUGGUCCUCAAUGGUAUGAAGUUCUCGUUAUAAAAGAACGCUUGUUGUGGAAGGUAGAUGUUUUUAGGGCUCCACAUGAAAUACUUGAAAUGUGUGCAAAAUUGGAAUAUUGAUGUUUACUGUAAAAAUCUAAAUAAAAGUAGAUGAGGUUGCACAGUUAA